AUUGUCGCCCCAGUUUGUGGAAAUUGAUUGUGGAAAAUGAGAUACUGGUGUACGCGGUGAAUGCAGACGCUUGUGCUCAGUCAGAAGGGGUCGUGAAGAUAAGAGCUGCCAUCAGUAUGUCUUGGUGCCUGAAUACAGCAAGAAGGCUCACCAGCCUUCCUGUUAUGGGGAUGAGACUUGGUAUGGGCCGGCGCGGCCUGUACGUGCGCCAGCUACCGCCGCCGCCGGACGCCCAGCUGCCCGAGGUGGAGCCGGUGGAGGUGGACUGGCGCCACGUGGAGAGGCUGCUGCCCCGAGAGACGGUGCCGGUGCCGGCGGCCAAGUCACGCUACCCCUCCGGCUGGACCCCGCAGCAAGGCAGCUCGGAGCUGACGUACUCCGUACGGAGAUCGGUGAACCACAUGCUGCCGGUGUACCUGAAGAUCAAGGAAAACGGCGUGAAGCGUAUCACCAUGGUCAGGAACGUCCGAGGCGACGUCUGGCUGUUUCACAACGAGCUGAAGCGGCACCUGGAGGCGGUCAAUGAGAAGUUUAUCGCCUCGCAAGUGAACGAGAUGGCUCAGUACGUGCAGUUCAAGGGCGAGUACGUGACCCAGGUCAAACAGUGGAUGCGAGAGCGGGGCUUGUAGCCGACGGAAGGCGCCCCAGCAGACGGCGUGUGCUCGACGUCUUGCGCGCGUUUCGGAGCGAGGUAAAAGCGGCCUAUGGACACCGCGGUGCUGCAACAUGUCAAGUGAAUCUUCGAUGAAUGGAAAGUGGUGUUGA